AUGGCAAAUGUCCAUUCAAAUAGGCUCAUGUUUUGCAUGACUAAAACAUCUAUUUCAUUUCUAGCUUCCCAAGGAGAAUGUAAUUGCGGUGAAUGUCAGUGCAAGGAUGGAUACAUUGGAAGUAACUGUGGCGAAAUUGAUUGUGCUUUCAAACCUCAAUGUCUGACUGACGUCGAGGUACGUGGUAUUAUUUCAGGUUAAUUUCCUGCAUUAGUUUAAAUUUCAGUUUCACACCAAGCUUUACAUUAUUAUACACUUGAUAUAUGAUAUAUUGGCAUUUCUUUAAUAGGGCGGAGGUCAAGUAAAUUGCAGUGGCCAUGGCACCUGUGAUUGUGGUAAAUGCAAAUGUGAAUCAUUUUAUGAAGGAACGCGUUGUGAACAAUGUCUG